AAAUAGUUACUUUAUAGAAGAAAUAAAAGUGUAAUAGUAUGUUAAAGGGUCAGUUAUUGUGAAAGUCAAAUAUUUCGUACUUUCAGGUUCUAAUAACCCUGUGUGUAUGUGUUUCUUUUUUUUCCCUUUUUUUUUUUUUUUUUUUUUGCAUGUGUACUUCCGCGUACAAUGUUUUUUUCCCCACUGACACACGACAACUUUCGAGCAGGAAACCUAUCAGACGCUUCGACUGUCGUUUCUCCUGUAUUCACUGGUGUGGGACCCUCCAGUCGUGGUAUGGACACUGAAGAUGCCCACUUCGGGCCGGGCGCCUUUGGGGCUCAGUGCUCUAACCCAGCCAUGAGCAUCAUCGGGGCUGAGGAUGAGGAUUUUGAGAACGAUCUGAAUGAUGUGGCCGAUGACCAUUGCCCAACCUUCAACUUCAUAGAAAACUUGAAGGAUCGGCCGACCCACCUGCUGGUCUUCAUGCAACAUGUCAUUCUACAGUUUGACCCUGCUCCCCUGCUGUGUUACCUUCAUGCUGACCUCUUCAGGAACCUCAGUGCCAAAGAGACCAAGAAGCAGUUUGUGGAGUUCUACAACACUUUCUUGGAUAAGGGUGCAGUUCUCAGAGUGGCCAUCUCCCCUGAGAUAUGCUAUGAACUGGACCGAACUCGUCCAGAUCUGCUUACUGAGGAAACCCAAAGGCGUUUCACUCAUGAAAUUCAGAUUCUGCAGGCUGCAGAAGUGGCCAAACAGCUGGAAGAUUUCAGGCAGAAGAGGAUGAUGGGUAUGACCCCCAACGAGGCUGAGCUCAUUGAUGUGGACAGCCACUAUCCCACCGACCGCGUCCCCAUUGAGAUGAAGGAGAAGUCUGUAGCUGAGAACCUGCUGGAUAAGAUGUCUGAAACACAACCCUCUAUCGUCUCAGACGAGGAAAAAUGCCAAUCCAUCUUUGCAGCGGUGGUCUUUUACAUGAAGCACCUCGGUGUUAAAACCAGAGCAGUCGACAGUAAGAAGUCCAGAGGAGGCUUCUUCAGGAGGCAACUGGUAAAGAAUAAGAAGGAUGAACCCUCAAGGUCCAAGCCUAGAGGAGUGUUUCCAAUCCCCAGCUGGAUUGCAGGAAACACUGAUGUCAAACCUAAGACGGAGGCUGAAGCGGAAAAGGAGAAGGUCAAUCCAGAGCGCAAGGGUCUGGCUCCUGGCAGAGGCUCCUUGACUGACUCUGCAGCCCCCUCUCUCCCCAGCAAGAAGUCUGGUUCCAGUGCAAGCCCUGCCUCCCUGCCGGGGUUAGAGAUCAGUGACGGGUCAGGCAACAACAUCAUCACCACCAACAGUCCUAAAUCUUCACAAACCGAUGGGCUAUCAAGUAAUCGCUUGGAGCCUCUGACUCUGUCAGACGGAGGCGACGUGUCACCUGUCGGGCCGGCUGGAGGGCUGACUAUCGGGGAGACUUUUUCAACCAGCGAAACUCCUACAGAGGAGAAUCUGGAGAAAGAGAGUAGGAAAGUGGGGCGUAGCGAGAGUGCCCGUGUGGACCGGCACUCCUCACGGCGCCGCGGCUCUUCCCGGGCCAAGCAGUCUCGCUCUCGGAGCGAUGUGGACCUCCAGCCACCAUCUACCACGACGACGACACCUUCACCACUUAACCCCCAGCACCUCCAUCCUUCCGAUGGACUGGUUUUAAGUCCCGAAGGGCCCGGCCACUCUCCCACCAGCCCCUCCCCACAGCUGGAGGAGAUGGAGCCACGGCUCCUGGAGUUCGAGCAGGACCCGCCCAACUGGAGGGAGCAGGCCUCCCCUGAAGCCCUAUCCAGUCUCAGCAAGAAGGAGACCAAGAGGCAGGAGAUCAUCAACGAGUUGUUUGCGACUGAGCAUGCCCACGUGCGGAUGCUCAGUGUCCUGCAGAUGGUUUUCUCCAGGCCUUUGGAGAGAGAAGAGCUCCUGACCGCCACAGAGCUGGCUGCCAUCUUCCCCAACCUGGAUGAGAUCAUUGAACUGCACUAUAACUUCUACGAGAACCUGAAGGAAAUGCGUUUGCAUGAGAACUUUGUAGUUAAAUCCAUCAGCACCACAAUGCUCAACACAUUUGGAGGCCCAGAGGGGGAGUGGUUCCAGAAACUGACAGCCCGUUUCUGCAGUCACCAGUCGUGGGCCUUGGACCAGAUCAAGAGCAGGCGGAAGAGGGACCCACGCUUCAACUCUUUCAUACAGGAGGCAGAGAGUAAGCCCCAGUGCCGCAGGCUGCAGCUCAAGGACAUCAUUCCCAUCGAGAUGCAGAGACUGACCAAAUACCCGUUGCUGUUGAACAAUAUUGCGAAGAACACAGAGAACUCAACGGAGAAGGAGAGGAUCCAGCAGAGCGCAGAGUGCUGCAAAAAGAUCCUCAACCACGUCAACGAGGAGGUCAAAGUGAUGGAGAACCUAUUGACUCUGAAGGACUACCAGCGUAGAUUGGACACAUCAGGGCUCAAACCCAGUAAUGAGCUUUAUACUGAAUAUAAGAACGUCGACCUGACCCAGAAGAAGAUGCUUUAUGAAGGUCCUCUGACCUGGAGAGUCACAAAGGAAAAGGCACUUGAGGUGCAGUGCGUGUUGCUCGGGGAUCUGCUGGUGCUUCUGCAGAGACAGGACGAUAAGAUGGUCCUCAAAUGUCAGAGCAAGAGCAACAUCGCCAUUCAGGAGGGAAAGCAGAUGCUGAGCCCCAUUAUCAAGCUGGACUCAGUCUUCCUUCGAGAGGUGGCCACAGAUCGAAAGGCCUUCUACGUCAUAUUCACUUGGGACAGCGGGGCUCAGAUCUAUGAACUGGUGGCUCAGUCUCUUGCAGAGAGAAAGAUCUGGACUGAUGUGAUUAAGACAGCAGUGGAUGAUCUGAAGAAGAGCGGAACACCCAUAAAGUUGAUGCUGCCUCCUGGAAGCGGAGGACCUCCCUUCAGUCCUUUCUCACUGACUGCCCCUUUGAGCCCGACGGAGAAUGGAGGUUUGAAAAGCAGCAGUGAUCGAGAUAAGGACAGCUUGACAGAUGACAAGUCCUUAGACCCCCGGCACAGGCUGAUCGAUUUCCUGUCGGACAAAGGCUUCGACUUGAUCGGCCACUCCAACAGCGAUCAGGAGAAGGUGGCUAACAGUGCUUUGGAUGAAGUCAUGUCGCUGAAAAGGCUGUUGAUCGGCAGCAUCAGCCUAUCAGAAGACUCGCAGCCUGAUGAAGAAAACGCAGAGGACCAAUCAGAGCGGCCCAGCCAAGAAACAGAUGGCUCUCUGUCAACAGAAGACGGCCAAACCACAGACAGAGCAGCGCAGGAGGAGGAGGAGAACGAUAACUUGUGUGAAAAAGAAGGUGCAGAGAUGAAGGGAGAGGAGGAGAAGAGCAUCAGCGCGCCCCUGGUGCUGUCCCAGGAGAGGAUGGAAGAAGUGUGCAGGAGGCUCCACAGUCUGCAGGAACAACUAAAUAGACUACAGACUGUAGAGGAGGAGCACCACAGACUGCAGGAGGCCCUUUCCAAGUUCUCUCUGGAGGGGGGAAACUUCCAGUAAGACACCACCGCGCCACCUGCUGGCCUUAAGAUUUGUACUGGCGCUGGUUUGAAGUGCAAGAGUUCUUUUCAGUGGCUCUACCUGGAAAAUCCUAAAUCCUCACACCUGGACCUUUUGCUGCCUAAGGGGGGCUUUUGUGCACAGUGCAGUGGUUCAGUGAUGAAUCAUGGGAGGUGUGUGCAGGUGUCAGUGCGGAUGUUCGUGUGCAUUCUUAAUAGAGUGGUACACAUACAAACGGGACCUCCUACUUUUGAGCGGGGUGUUGUUUUUGUGGAUGGGUGCCAAGAAAACAAAAAACUAAAGCAAUAUUUUUUUUUGCAGUGAGGAGAGAUGCUGCCUAACAAGAAUGUUAUUAUGAUUGUGAUCUGCUGUAACACACAUACGCACACCAGAGACACGCAUGCCAGAAAAUAAAUUACAUUAUUGCCAAAAGUAGAUGUACAAAAGAUGAGAAAUGAGCUGUAACCAGGUGGAGCCUUAAAGGGCCAAUGUAGCGUUUGACGAUUUAUUGAAACUACUACUGCUGAUAUAUAGUGUUAUUUCUAGUUUAUGCCAAAGCACCACAGAGAUGCACUUUGUUCAAACCAAAACAAGUCGACACCCGCACUGUUUUUGCAACAUUUACUCUAUUGCUCUCUAUUCAAUACAGUCUGGGCUUCAUGUAAGCAGCCCGCAUUAUUUAGAAGAUUUCAUUCAUGAAAGUGUGUGUAUGUGUGUUACAAAGUUUUUAACUGCUUUUUUUGGAGGGUUCUUAUUGUUCUAAGGUCAAAUAGAAACAUUUAUAAAUAGUGGCACUAUAGGUAAUCAAUGCUGUCAAUAAUGGAGAUUUGUUUGUAUUUACUGCUUUUAUUUAUUCCUCUGUCGGGUCUGUGUUGCCUCACCUGAGUGAAACUGUUACAGUACUGGGUCAAAGGAAGACGGAGAAGUGAGACGGAGAAAAGAAAAUACAUAUGAGAAGGUGAACUGAGAAUGUGCACAUUAGAUGGAGGUAGAGAGAGAAGGGGAGCGAUGAUGGGAUUGGGAGCGAGUUCAGAAAGAGGUUGGGUUGUUGCUUUGGUUCAUUUGAAACUAGUUUGGACAUGAAAACCUGAAAAUAGGAUUUGCACUCAGUGCUAGAAAAAUACUCACAAAAGUCUCUUAAUGUUGGCUGUCUACUUCCCCCACACAAGGUUCACAUCCCCACAGACAUAAUACAUUGCAUAAUAUGACUAUAGAGUCACAGUAGAAAAACAUAUUUUCUUCCCCUUGUUGCAGCAUUUGAAUCAAAAUGGAGCCCUGUCUGCCUUUGUUUUUUAUUCAGAUUGAUUGUACUUGUGAUUAUGAUAGUGGCAUGACUGUGUCUGUGCACACAGGACCAAAGACGUAACAAAGAUCCUCAGACCAGCUGUUAUUGUCUCGCUUGAACUAUGUAGUGAUCAUGUGGUCAAUGAAGUGAAGGGAUUCAAAAAGUGUGUAAAAGAAUAAUUCAUUGGCUGUCGUUAAAAUGAUCUGGUUUUCAACUCUUGGAUAAAUGUAGAAAUGACAGAGAUGACGAUUGUCAGACGUCCCAAGCCCUAUGACCAAACCAAAACCAAAUGUGUAGUUCUGUCAUCUCCAGGAAAAAACAAGAAAAGUUGUCUGUUUUGACUAAUAAGUCUAACUAAUAGCUGGCACUGACAGUUCUGAGCUGGAAAGAGGGCUUUUCAACACUGCUCGUGCUAAUUUGAAUGCAUGGGAAAUGUUCCAGCAGUAAAAAAAAAAAAAAAAAAAAGGACAGGACUACAAGACAGUGAAGUCAGACGAGGAUACAAAGGAAACUGAAAGUUUGGAGGAAGGAAAACAGCAGUCUCAUUCCAAAGUUCCCCUCAGCAGUUCUGUAAUCAUGAUCACUUCCUGAUAUGCAUUCUCAUCCCCCUUUCACCUUACUGAAUCUCAGUAUGAAAUUAUGCAAAUAAUUUAGUUCCAUAAUUCCUUUGACGGUCACAAGUUAAUCAUAAAAGUUUGUGUUUUAGCAUCGCUGCAGUCUCUUCCUGUGUCUUCCUCUUGAUGUUGAAGGAAAACAAAAUGUAAAAAAAAGUAACAAUUAUCACCCCUAUUUUCUUUUAAUGAAGCUAAUUAGCGACACAUCUUGAUAAGACCCUCACCUGUGACUGCAUGAUCACCUCAUUCUUCACUGUCCAUAUUUUGUUGCAUAUUUCAUUUGAUUUACUUUUCCGGGCCCAUGAGGUUUUUAUUACUGUUUCCAAAACAAGCUUUUGUAAUUAUGUACUGUGUGUUUGCCCAUUGUGAAGAGAGAGGAGAGGCUUGUCUGUAACGUUGUCUAUGAACCAAUGAAAUGAACAGAAAUGAGUCCAGCUCCCAGUGUCCACCCGCUCUGUACUGUGGUGAACAAGCUAACCAAUGGGAUACAUUUAAAAGACAUCAUCUCACACCAGAAAUGUAACUUACAGGCAAUUCUAGCUCUCUCCCCCCUCCGGAUGCCUUUUCCUCAUGAGUUCUAAAUACAAAUACCUAGAUGUAUAGAAAUGUAUUUAUAGAGUGGCGCCUUGUUCAAACGAUCAAGUUGUUGUCAGGGCUCCUGAGUCUGUAAACACAAUCAAAGUCGUUCUGGUGGGGCUGUGAAUCUGACCUCUGAGUGUAAGAGAGAAACGACCAAAUAAGCAUUGACAGGUCAUCCCAGGAUUCAGAUUUUGUGUCCACAUCCCUCACAUCAAUAGGACUCAAGCCCUCCACCAACUCAGAAAAAGACACUGCUUAUUUUCUUUUGUUGACAUUUUGUCUAUCUAUAAACAAUGAAUAUGCAAGAACUAUACUGUGUAUUUGGCUUUUUGAUUUUUAUUGUGUAAGAUGCUCUUUAAUGAUGUACACUUCAGGAAAAUUGUGGUACGUUCUGUUUUUUAAUUCUUCAUUUUUUUUUUUUAAAUAAAUUGGGGAAAUAAAA